GUCACGCCAACGUCUGCCACCGGCCCCUCUCUCGGUUCUUUACAAUCGCAUCCCUUAACGAAGCAUCCCUUAAGACAAAUGUUUCAUAAAUUUCACUAAGAAAACAAAAUACAAAACAAACGCGACUCUCUCUUUUCUUUUGACUCAUUUUUACCAUUGUAAGUGUCCUCGUGUAAACGUGUUGCAAUUUAAGUGAUCGAAGAAAAAAUAACGUUUUAAGGAAUAGUGGAUAGGAGUGUUGUUGGUCCAGUGUUAUCCUGAAUUUGUGAGAUAAUAAUGAUGAUGAUGACUUUUAGUGAGUGAAUCCUAGUGUUCUUCCUUUAAUCUCUCCAAUUGUAAAUCUCAUUUAUCGUAAAGAAUCGGUGAUACUCGCAUAUUUAUUCUGUGAUACAUUUUUAUACUUUUUUCUUUUCUUUCGUCUCUUUGUUUUUUAUUUACUACGACACGUUGAUGAAGAAAAAGAGAGAGAGAGAGAGAGAGAGUAAAGGAAGAUCAAUUGUAUUAAAGCUUAAGGAACAAUUGUUGAGAUAAAAAAAAAACGUCCGUCCAAAGAGACUCGCCCUGAGACAAAAAAGCGGCCGAGUUUGUUGAUCAACCGGUGUACGAAGAAAUCAUCCCUUAAAAUGAAACGUUCACGCAAAUAUCCGAAAGCAAAGGAAACUCGUAUUUCCUUAAAUAAAUUUCAAUCGUUUCGUUUAUUCAAUUCAUUUAUAUUGAGUGUAAUUUUGUCCAUGUGAUUUUUCAAAGUGUACGAUUAAAAAAUACUUCUUUUUUUUUCGGUGGUAGAAUUAUCUACGAUUAGGAACACAGAUAGUGGAAAUAAUUGUACAUGAUAAGAAAAAAGGGAUGUCGAAAUUUGAGGUAAGAUCCAUCAGCCUCUCUCGACUUUGUCUUCCGUCGGGAGGUGGCUUAGAAAAUCGGUCAGUGUUUAGACGCUUUCGGUAAGUUUUGCUGAACGCACCAAUUAUGGUCUCGAGCGUGUCCUUAAACCGGCUCGAAACUUGUGCGUAGGAGGGUGGAGGAUGAGCGGGAAAGAAUUAAUUCUCGUAAAAAAGACUAUGUGAAGUGAUAAUCGAAUGAAGAGGAUUAGCCGUAGAAUAAUAUCCAGGUGAUCAUUGUCAUCGAGAAACGAGAUUCAGCCAAAAGAAUGUUCAGGUGAUUGUCGUUGAAGAUUUGGAAAUAAAUCUUUCUGGAAGAAAAAAAAAAAUGAUGUCGUCGAGGUGGUCGUCGAUGAUCGAUUGAUUUGAAUUUAACGAGGAAGGGAUACGGAAGAGUAUGUUGAGGUGGUCAACGUCAUCGUCGAUGAUUUUGGCGUCAAUGAUCCUGGUGUUGGAGCUGAUGCUCGCCGCGCUGGCAGGCGCCGAGCUCAGCUCUCGAAUCAUCAGGACGAAAUACGGCGAAUUGUCAGGUGUAAUAGUCAAUCUCGAUCGUUUUCUCGAAGGUGUCGAAGUAUUUCGUGGUGUACCAUACGCCUCCCCACCGAUCGGUUCGUUACGUUUUAUGCCACCCGUUAGCGGCGCCUUGUGGCACGGCGUCAAGGUCGCCGAUAAAUUCGGACCCGUCUGUCCGCAAAAGCUUCCGGAAUUGACCGACAAGAUGCCCAAAGGCAGGCUCGAAUAUCUCAGAAGAUUACUACCCUAUCUUCGUAAUCAAAGCGAGGAUUGUCUCUACCUCAACAUUUACACGCCUGUCCAAGCCGGUGCAAGGGAUGGUGGUGGAAGGAGAUAUCCUGUGAUCGUGUUCGUUCAUGGUGAAAGCUACGAGUGGAGCAGCGGCAAUCCUUACGAUGGUAGCGUCUUGGCGAGUUAUGGUGGUGUUGUUGUAGUUACCAUAAACUACAGACUAGGAAUUCUCGGCUUUCUAAAUGCCAACACAGAUUCGCACUUACGGUCGCCGGCAAAUUACGGGCUAAUGGAUCAAAUCGCAGCGUUACACUGGGUACAGGAGAACAUAGGCUAUUUUGGGGGUGAUCCUGGAAACGUGACGUUAGUGGGCCAUGGUACUGGUGCUGCAUGCGUCAAUUUUCUCAUGACUAGUCAGGCUGUACCUGACGGGCUCCUUUUUCAUCGUGGAGUUUUGAUGUCAGGUAGCGCUCUCUCGCCCUGGGCGCUAGUAAGAGGGGCUGCUAAUUACGCUAUGCAAGUUGCCAAACAUCUGAAUUGCUCGUCGGUUGCUGGUGAUCCACAAGCGCUUUUACGAUGUCUCAGGGACGUACCAUUGAACACUUUGAUAUCGGUCCCUGUGAAGGGUCUGGAAUUUGCCCCAGCCUUUGGACCAAGCAUAGACGGCGUUGUCAUCGAUCCAGGUGAUCCCGAGGAUCAAGACUUCACUUUACAAGUGGAUACGAUAAACACGUUGAACAACAUUUUAUUGAGAAAAGAUGUCAUAGCAAAGCUUUCAAGGUACGAUUUGAUGGUAGGUGUUGUACGUUCAGAAGCGUAUUUUUCAUUAACCGCGGAUGACGCUCAGUACGGUAUUGAAGCUGACAGAAGAACCAAAAUCCUUCGUGAAUUCGUACGCAAUACUUAUACCUAUCAUCAACCAGAAAUUUUAGCAACAAUUAUUAACGAAUACACGGAUUGGGAAAGACCAGUUCAGCAUCCGGUUAAUAUAAGAGACGAAACACUAGAAGCACUUGGAGAUGCUAAUACAGUGGCCCCUGCUACGAGAACUGCAGAUCUUCACAGCCAAUCUCAUCGAAAUUCCUAUCUAUACGUUUUCGACUAUCAAACUAAAUUCGGAGACUAUCCGCAGAGACCUGGCUGUAUACACGGCGAAGAGUUGCCAUAUUUUUUUGGAGCACCUUUAAUGGGGGGCUUGGCACAUUGGCCGAAAAAUUACACCAGAGCGGAAAUCGCUUUAUCCGAAAGCGUUAUUUUGUACCUGACGAAUUUCGCUCGUACUGGUAAUCCUAACGAGGGUACACUCGAUCCUGGUUCGAUAGGAUCGAGACCAGACCGUACGAAGGUCAAGAACAUUGAUUGGACAGCUUACGAAGCGGUACACAAAAAAUAUCUCAGUAUAGAACUCAAGUCAAAGUUGAAGAACCAUUACAGGGCACAUAGACUUUCAUUUUGGUUGAAUCUCGUGCCCGAUCUUCAUAAACCUGGUACCGAUGAUGUUCCCAGGUCGCAUCAUCUUUUAGAUGCUGAACAGGUACCACCGAGAUUCAUCCAAAGAGUUCCAACAACUGCACGCACAACUACAUCGGAAGUUACGAUCGUUGAUAGGCCACAAAAUGGUUCAACUGCAAUACCAAGCGAAUUGGCUUUCGAAGAUUCGACAGGUCAACCGGAAGACGGUUUUGCAGCUUACUCGACUGCCCUAAGUGUGACGAUUGCAAUCGGUUGCAGUCUUCUCAUUUUAAACGUUUUAAUAUUUGCCGGUGUUUAUUAUCAACGUGACAAAAGUAAUCAACACAGUUGUUCGAAGAAACGUCAAGAAAAUGGACAAAUGCCUAACAAUAUAUGCGGCGAAUUGGAAACUAAAAAUGCUGAGAGACAUCACAUACAACACAUACCACCACCCGAAUUUGCUGAUCUGCAAAACAAUAGUUGUCACGUGCCGAUGCCACCACCACCUCCUAAAAAUACUAAACCAGGAAAACCAACGCAAAAUUUAAUUAUUAGUCCUAAUCAAUUGCAACAGGAAAGUCUGGCAAUGUCGGCAGCUGGAACAUUGAAAAAAGGACACAAUCAUCAAACACAAAUCAUGGAAGAACUAAGAGUUUGACUCUAGGAGUUUCUUAUCUCUUAUCAAUACGUACAACAACCACCACCACCACCACCACCACCACCACCACCACCAUUACCACCACGGAUCCAUUCAAUGAACAAUUACUCUCGAUAAAAUAAAAUUAAAAAAUAAAAAAUGGGGCCUAUCGAUUAAAUUCGGCUCGGAUUUUAUGAAAUCUCUUUUUUUGAAAAACACUAACAAUUUCAUGCGAUAUUUAAAAAAAAAAAAAAA